AUGUUUUUCUCCACAUCAAUAUUGGCCAUUGCCAUUGCUGGCCUUGUACAGGCGCAGGCACCGCCUGGUUUCACACCUGAGGCUGCAAACAAACUCGAGGUCAUUUUCAACUCCACAAUGAUCGAUACCCCAGGCCAACUGAUACCAAGAGCCGCCGCCGCAACCCAGCCCAGACUUGCUUUAUCCAGCGCCUUGAUCAACAUGAAUGAACAGUACAUGUUCAUCAUGCUAGACCUGGAUGUCCCACCAGCAAACGGCACCACAGAACGCCGCGUACUCUUGCACUGCAUGAACACGGGCUUCCGAGCAACAAGGCAGCAACUCAGCGGCGCCGCCAGACUUCUCGCCUCAUCCCAAACAGGCCCAGCAGCAUAUCUUCCUCCAAACCCGCCACCAGUCGACACAGUCCCCCAUCGCUACGUCGAGCUCUUGUUCAAGCAACCUUCCAACCUCAGUGUUUCUGAAUCUACUUAUGCCAAUGUGCAAAAUCGCAUCAACUUCGAUAUUGAGGCUUUCAUGUCGGAAAACGGUGUGGACGCUCCUCUUGCGGCGAAUUAUUUUCACGUGGAUGGACGAGCAGCAGCAGCGACCGGUGUGUCACCGAGUGGUACCGGUGCGGGAGCUGCACCUUCGAGUACGCUAGUGCCGUUUGAAGGCGCAGCUGGCAAGGCUAGCGUUCCAGUGAGGACGGCGGCCCAGCUUGGUGGCUUAGCACUGUUUGCUCUGUUGGUCUUGUAA